GCGUACAGGAUGUCAAAGGUCACCUCUCUUUCUAACCGUAUAUACAUAUUUGUUGACUAAUAUCUCUCUGUGUACAUACAUAACGAACGUGUAAUAAAGGUGAAUACAUAUAAACAAUUUUCGGAGUAGAGAGAUAUAUAUAACUAAAAUAUUUACGAUACAAUUAAUUCUUAAGUUUUCAAUUUUGUUCUUUGUCUAGUAAAAUGUUAAUAUAAAAGAGAGUUCGUUUUCCUGUAAGGUCGCCGAACGUAAGACGAUGUGUACCUUCUAACAUAGAUGGAGAGUUAAAAGUUAGGGUUGGUCGCAUGGUCGAUCGUAUAUUAAAUAAAGUAUGAGCAUUCUGUGAAGCAGCAAGUGUCCUAGACGAAACGACCAUCGGGUCAUGUGAUGCUUUUCACGCUGUAGUCCGAUACGCGUGGACGGGUGAUGAAUUAUGUAGCUUCUUCGGCUUUCCUUUGCGGUGAAACUUGAAGGCCAUUUGGAGGGUAAUACGUAAAGAAAGACAAUUCUAUAAUAUAAAUGCGAAGAAUCGUAUCGUAACCUUCAUAACCAAACGAACGAAUAGAAAAACUUAUAGAUUUUCAAUAUCUCAGAUCAACCAAAUAUAUAGUCUUAUAAUAUAUUUAAACUUUAAUCAACGUAACAUAAUUUUUCAUAUAUAUCACUAACAUUUUAUCUACAUAUCUCUAAGAACGAAAUAUAAAUGUUAUUUCUAGAUAACGAUGAGGCAUUGACUUAUAUUUACAUUUUUACGAAAGAUCGUGUUUAUAUAUAAUUACAAUAUUAACGAAAUAGCUUGUACAAUUAAAGAUAUACAGGAAGUAAAUACAUUUUGGAACGUUUCUCGACUUAAAACAUUGAAAGACAAAGAAACAUACAUCGAAAAUUAUUUAGAAAUAGGAAGAACGAUCGAUAACGGCAUGAUCUGUAAUCGGUCGGUGUUAUAUGUAAUUGUUUCGAAGCAGUUCGAUUGGAAGGAAAGAAGGAAAAAGAAGACCAAGACCGUGAGAACGUGUCACCCCAAUGGGUGGCAGGAUAGUGCGUCGCGCAGGAGCGUCGCAAUCGGAUAACUCCGGUCUCGUCCGUUGCGGAAACGAAAAAAGGCGAAUUUUGCCGAAAGAUACCGAUCGUCGAGUAAACCGCGAACGACGAAAGUGGGGGGAGGGGAGGGGGAACAAAGAGUACAAGAGGCGCGCUCGUUCGAGUUUUAGGCCGCUCGAAAGUCUAACACGAAAGAUGGGAGGUGCUUGAGGAGUAAGAGAAGCAGAAGAAACAGCAGCAACAGUAGCAGCCGCCGCAGCCGCCGCCGCCGCCGCUGCCGCUGCCGCCUCCACCUCCGCCUCCACCGUAGACAAGAACGAACGAAAGCGAAAGCAGCGCCUCCGUCUCCGUCGGCAGUGGCACGAUCCUCGGCGUCGAAGCUUGCCGCGCUACUCUUCGACCUCUCGUCAUCUUUACCGUCCCUCCCAAACCGCAAUCGUGAUCCUUUUUCUAUUUAAUCAGUCUCGCAUUUGGUUUUUUGUUGUUCCAAUUUUCUUCUUCCUUUCUCUUUUUUUCUCUCACUCUUUCCACUAUUUUUAUAAAUAUAUAUAUAUAUAUAUAUAUAUAUAUAUAUAUAUAUAUAUAUAUUUCUCUUUUCUAUCUAUCUAUCUAUAUAUAUAUAUAUACACACACACACACAAGCACACACAAAUAUCGCUAUCUUUAUCUUUCCAUCUAUCUCUCCUUGUACACGCACGUACGUCCGUCCUUUUUCCUCUUUCUAAUUCUCUUUCUAUCUGGGAACCGCUUACGUCCUUCGCCCUUUUCGUCCGACGUUCGUCUUACAAAUAGCACGCAUCUAGGCGGCUCUUCUACUCCCGGACGCGUUCGCCGGCACCGUAUUUCGCGACAGAAAAGUAUAUUACUCGACGCAUGCCACCCCGUAUGCGUACAUGUGCAUCGUGGAGCCGGCUUCGGGCACACUUGUCUCGAAGAUACCAACGAAAGGAAGGAUAUUUGUUUUACUGUCACGACAAGUACGUCUAUUUCUUCGAAGGAUAACUCGUCGAACUGUUUUCCUCUACGAGAAGAAGUUCCUUCAAAUUCAACGAUAAGAAUCGUCGCACUGUCACGGGUACGCCCUUCUUCAUUCGAAGGAAUCGCGUCAUUAUUCUCGUGUGCGUGUGUACUUGUGUAUUUGUGUGUGAGAAAGAGACGAGCGCGCGUCAGUCACGUCACGCGAGUCUGCUGGUGCCGUCGUAUAAGAAUCAGUAACGCACGCGACGAUCCAGCAUUUUUAAAUUGAUUCUCAGUGCCGGUCUUUCUCAACCACCUGCUUUCCUCUCUAUCUCUUUCUCUCUCUUUCUCUCUCUCUCUCUCUCUCUCUCUCUCCCCCUCCUUCUCUCUCUCUCUCUCUCUCUUUCUCUCACUUUGUGAACCUUCUGCUUUCUUCCAUACAGAUUUUCCAAAGAACGUUCGUUUGAUUCAUAAAAUGAGUUCAUUCAGUAAGACGAUGGACAUCAAAAGAUGACAUCACUAUACUUAAAAGAAUGUCUGUGCCUGUAUCUCGACAGUCAAUCCUUAGAUCGUGCUCGUUAUUUUAAUAAUACAUCAAUUUUCCUUUUUGACACUUCAACCUAAAAAAACAAAAAUAUCAAAUAAGCUUGAUGAACUCACAUGAUAGAGAAUUUGUUCUUGUUGGCAGGGUCACAAUGAAUUGUCUUUUACCAACUCGUUGUAUGUCUAAUAAGAGAGAAAAGAGAAGAAAAAGAGAGAAAGAGAGAAUAAGAGAAUGAACAAGGUUAAUGUCCGCAGAAAUAAGAGAUGAUGCGAUGCACUCGAGGAUUCUUCCGAAUUGCUUCGUUCGUUCGCUCGUUCCCGAAGGAACAAAGAGAAGAAUCAUCGAGGGAAAACAUCAUCGUCAUCAGAUGCGGUGUCAAAGGAGGAGUGUUCUAAACAAAGGAUUACGAGAAGAAACGCAAAAGGAAGUAGUAUGAUCACGGCGAUAUGAGAAGAAGCGACGAAUUACUUCGAAGUCGAAAAUUUCGAAUGAUUCUAAGACGUUCAGGGUAUUAAAAAAAUUUUUAAAUAGAAGAACGAAUAAAGAAGAGCUACGAAAUCAAAUGCGUUUUUAAAGAAAAUAUACAAAUUAUCAUCCUUAUUCCUUUAUUUCGCGUGUUAUUGAGACACGACGAAAUAUCGCGAUACCAAAGGACGUACGACGAUUGGUGCAUGACACGAGUAACUCCUGAGGACAAAUUUCCUUUGUAUUUUACAGCGAAUCGUAAAGGUGUAGGCUAAUUAUGGAUGACAUAAAGGUGCCUAAUUUAGGACAGGCUGCAUCGGCUGCAUGCUCAAUGGCUACGAAUUUCUUAGCGCCAGUAAAAACCGAACAGCAAAUUUACGAAAAUUCAAUGCUCGAAGAUGAUCCCAAUGCCAACUCGGUGGUACCCACUUCAAAUGAAGAUAGGAUAUUACCGAGAUGGGGCCCUAGUCACAGAGGUGCACAAGAAUUAGCGAAUCUUUACAGUAGUGGAAAAAGAACGCAGGAAUGUAUAUGCGUUGGUAUUUGUAUCACGCUGGUAGCAGUAAAUUCGUUGUUCAUCCUGAUCAGAUUAAAACUUGAAAAUUUAAGUUCGAUAAUAGUAGCAGCAUUAUGCGGGAUCAUUACGGCGGAUUUCGGAUCUGGAGUAGUUCAUUGGGCUGCUGAUACAUGGGGUUCUGUCGAACUUCCCAUUCUGGGAAAGAAUUUUUUAAGGCCUUUUCGUGAACAUCACAUCGAUCCAACCAGUAUAAUGAGACACGAUUUUAUUGAAACGAACGGUGACAAUUGUAUGGCCACCAUACCAUUCCUAUCCAAAUUAACAUGGGACUUUCUUACUUUAUCAGAGCCGGAAAUCGAACAGAAAUUUCUUUGGACAUGUUAUUGGUUUUUACUUGCAAUUUUUGUAGCAAUGACUAAUCAGAUUCAUAAGUGGUCGCAUACAUAUUUUGGACUUCCUCCUUGGGUAGUUUGGCUACAGGAGCAUAGAAUAAUUUUACCGAGAAAACACCAUCGUGUGCAUCAUGUUGCGCCGCACGAAACAUAUUUUUGCAUUACUACUGGCUGGUUAAAUUGGCCAUUAGAGAAACUCCGAUUUUGGUAUAUUUUAGAAAUUAUUAUUGAAAAAUUAACUGGUUGUAAGCCUAGAGCUGAUGACCUAAAAUGGGCACAGAAGAGAUCUUGAGAUUUAAUGUGGUUUUUCUUAGCUCUGCAUUUUAGUGGAUAUUCAAAAAAUGUAAUAUAGCACCAUAUAUUUGAGGGACUGAAAUAACAUCGAACUGGCUAGUAACAGAAAUGGAAAUUUAUGCACGGACAAUAGUAAAAGCUUGAGUGAUACACAUAAAAAUGAUAUUAAAUCUAUAUAGUUUUUUUAUACUAGUACUAUGAGGCCUUUGAAACAAAAUAAAAAGUGUAGAGGGACUAGGAAUAAAUAGAAUUAUUUAAAUAUGCUUUUAAACUUUACACAUUUAUAAUACGUACAUGCAAUAAUAUAUGUACAUAUAUAAGACAAAUGUAAUAUUGUAACGUUAUAUAUGUCAUAUAAAAACUU